AUGAAGGAAUUUCGUCGACUACGGAACGAGCCGAAUUCUUUGUUUGCUGAAGAUGUGGAAUUUCACGGCCCAGACGGUCCUUUACACUAUAAUACUCAUAAAGUGUACAAUGGAAAAUUAGAGGAUGACGAAAACGCAGUUGUUCAUGGUUUGGUAACAUCAGAUGGACUAUUCGACGGCACGAUCUUAUUGUCUUCCGGUGAGAUAUUUUAUAUAGAGCCAGUACACAGAUAUCUCAACAGUUCACAUGGCCUGAAUGCACUCGAUAUUUCCGAAUCAAGAUUUCACAGCGCGGUUUAUAGGAGUACAGAUGUUAGACUUCCACGGACUGAAAAGGGCCAUGUAUGUGCUUCCGAAAUUUUACACCAAAAGAGACUGAAUCAAAAGAAUCUUCCUAGUAAUUUUCACCAAUAUAAAGAAAUAGAAAAACACACCAGCAGAAAAAAACGAUGGUUACCUGAUGACAUACAUCAUAUUUCCACACAUCAUGAUGAUUACCAAGAAGAUGAACAGGAAAAAAAGUUAUUGAACCCAGAAUUGCCAUUGGAUUUAGAUGUUCCUUACACACGAAACAUUGACGAAAACAUUGACGACAAGGCAAAUGCGAAAAUAUAUGAUGAUAAAGUUGAUAAGCAAAAUCCCAAACGGCCUGAUCAUGUGGAGAUUAUUACUAAAAAUAACAUAGUUAAUAAAAGGCCCACAGCUACACUUGUAGGAAAGUUUUUUCCCAGUGAUUUUAUGGAUUACAGACAAGCAAGUAAAAGGGCAACGUUUGAUCCAAAUAAGACUACAUGUAUGCUGUAUCUUCAGGCCGAUCAUAAAUUUUUAGAAAAAUUUCAAACAGAAGAAGCCUGCAUAGAUAUUAUGACGCGCCAUGUUCAGAGAGUUAAUCAAAUAUAUAGGACCACAGAUUUCAAUCAGGAUGGCAAACCAGAUAAUAUUACGUUCAUGAUAAAAAGAAUUAAAGUGCAUACUCACGAGUCUUUGAAAGAUCCUACAUACCGAUUUGCUGACAACUAUGGCGUUGAAAAAUAUCUAGAACUAUUUUCAGAGGAAGAUUACGAUUCGUUUUGUUUGGCGUACAUGUUCACUUAUCGAGAUUUUGAGAUGGGCACCUUAGGACUGGCAUGGACAGGUGAUCUUAAGAACGCAGGUGGUGUUUGUGAGAAAAAUGGGCACUAUCGUGGCAGUAUGAAAUCUUUGAAUACUGGAAUUGUUACGUUGUUAAAUUAUGGAAAGCACGUACCACCUUCGGUUUCACACGUGACAUUGGCACAUGAGAUUGGACAUAAUUUUGGAUCACCGCACGACCCAGAACAAUGUGCUCCAGGCGGACCCGACGGCAACUACAUAAUGUUCGCCCGCGCAACAUCCGGCGACAAAGCAAACAACGAUCGCUUUUCGUCGUGUUCCCUGAGGUCCAUUGACCCUGUGCUGAACACAAAAGCACGUUCCACAAAAGGAUGCUUUACAGAGCCUCAGAAUUCGAUAUGUGGCAAUGGUGUGGUUGAACCUGGUGAAGAAUGUGAUUGUGGUUGGGAAGAAGACUGCAGGGACUCCUGUUGUCAUCCUCAAAGGCGCAGGACACCUCCACCAGAUGAAACGCCCUGCACGCUUACUGCACGAGCCGUUUGCAGUCCAUCUCAAGGGCCUUGUUGUACAACCGCCUGCCAGCUACGUUUCGGCGACCGGUGCCGUUCCGACAACGGAUGUAGAGACGCUAGUUAUUGCGCCGGAAGCAGCGCUCUGUGUCCGCCGUCUGUUAACAAACCGAACAAAACAAUUUGCAACGAAGACUCUGUAUGCUAUAUGGGUGAAUGUACUGGCUCCAUUUGCCUGGCUUACGGUCUGGAAUCGUGCCAAUGCACCCGUACAGAUGAUGAUCCUGCUACGAGAUCUUGCGAAUUAUGUUGCCGAAUUCCGGCUUCCGCAAGCAAUUUGCUUUUCGGUGAUUUCGAAGGCGAUGGCGAACGCGACUUAUGCGUUAGCUCAUUCCAUUUGAACGAGGCACCUUAUGAUGUUCCGGAUGCUCAUGUUAAACCUGGCACGCCUUGUAACGACUAUAACGGUUAUUGCGAUGCUAGCCACGUAUGCAGACUGGUUGAUCCAUCAGGCCCCCUUGCAACUUUAAGAAGACUUCUGCUAUCCGAACGAAGUCUAGCAGGAAUCAAACAAUGGGUUACUAAACAUUGGUAUGCAGUUGCAUUAUUGGCUGCUGCUAUUUUGGCUAUGCUGGUGAUAAGCACAAGACUCUUAGGCAAAAAAUCAGACGUAAAAUUAAAGUCAGUAACCAUUAUGCAUGGUAGCCCUAAUGAUCCUAUUAUAAUACCUCCAGACUUAAGCAACAAUGGACAGGUAAUAGUUCAUACUGCUGUGCGAUCUAAACUUCCCCUAAAGAAACGUGUUCGUGACGCAAAGUUUCGAUCCAAAAAAUCUAAAAAUGCCACGAAAACAAGGACAACGGUACAAGCUAAUCACAGAUCUGCAAAUGAUAAUUCUAAAAAUGUUAAUAGAAAUCUUGCAGCGGCAUCUGAAAGUCCUGCUAAGUUAAGAAAGAAGAAACGAGUAUCUGCUCCAAUUGUUGCCUCUGAUGAACCGAUGCAGUGCGCACCAGAAGUAGCAAUCCCGCAUGCCGCCGCCAAUGUAGUUCCAAGUAAAUCGAAGAAGCAUUCUCAAAAUAAACGUAAAGAUAGAAAACAAAAGAAGAAAGAAGUUAUAGAUUAUAGUGCAGAACAGGCAAAACCGUCCAAACAAAGGGAUCCAAUUAGCAAAGUCCAGCAAUGGCUUCUAGAAUCUCCACAGCCAACAGUAUUACCCAAGUCGAAGUCUACGCCAGUUGAUUUAACUAAUAGGAGCCCGAAUAAACACAGAUUAGGAAUUUAUAGAAAUGAUAAAUGCAAAAGUAUUGGAAACUUACAAGAUAAAGAGAAAAUGCGUUUGCAAGUUGUUUACAAGCCUCCAUUCAAAUUUAGUUUAAAACUGUGCAAAAAUGACCAUACAAAAGUGGUCUUAGACAGAAUAAGCAAAGAUGGAGCAAAAAGAGCUAGGUUUAGAGAAAAUGUUCAUCCUAUGAGAACUGCUUUGUUAGUGAAAACUAAGGAUGAAAGUAAAAAUAAUAAAUCGGGUGAUGGUACUACUAAUGCUAACGAUAUAGCUGUAAAUAUUAUGAAUGUUCCAAAAAGUAAUAGUAAUUCCGAAGUCAAUAAUCUAAGCAACAAUACAUCCACUUGUAAUACUUAUGAAAAUGUGCAAACAAUUGUAGCUGAAGAAUUAGCGAAACGAAAUAAAAAAGUGGAUGGUGGAAUUUUCAAUCAAAUGCAGUUGGACGAAUGUGCCAUUAGGGCGCUGCCGAUCAAAAUGAAAAGCAGUAGUAGUUCUAAUUUAGACUUCAGACACAAUCAGAACUCACCGACAAACCUUCAAAGCCAAGAUCAUUUAGGUAGAAGCUCGCAAAAAUUAUUUAAGUAUAGUCAAGAGCAUUUAAACAAGACAAAAGACUGUGACAAAAUGUUAAGGGAACCGCUAAAGUAUUUUAACAGCGAUCAGUUGAGAAAACCCAAAAAGCGUCUUAGUGUGUCAAAUAAUGACUUAAAUUCCUCUCAAAAGAGAACUGUGAUGUCAAAUGAUAUUGAUGGUCUUAAACCUUGUGAUAAGCCAACAGAAUACAAAGGGCCUGAUUCAAAAAAUAAAAACGUACAAACCAGUGAAACUAAGGAACAAAUUAAACAUAAUUUAGCUAAUUAUCCAGAACAUAAUAAUUUAACACAAAAUCCCAUAUUUCAGCCUUUUCAGCAAUCUGAUUUAAAUAUUUUAUUACCCGACAAUCAAAAUGCUGAAGGCUGUUGA